AUGUCGGUUUCAUCAACCCCCAUCAUCGUAUUCACAUGUUUCUGUGACCACUGCUGCAAAGGCGCGGGAGGCACACAUCAAGUGAUUGCCAAAUUUCCCCAUGGAUCGGUAGCUAUUACGUCCGGUUCAGACCUCGUCUCCCACUUCACACUCAGUAACACCUCGAGCGGCUCACCCAAAGAAAAGGCGUUCUGCCGCGUCUGCGGGACCCCACUCUGGACGACCCCCGCAUCAGCCCAGGGGCAGUUUCUCCUGAUCCGGACGAGUCUCCUGGAUGGUGGAUCCAACUUGACGCCGGAGGCUGAAAUAUUUGUGAAGUCACGGCCCGCUUGGCAACACGCGGUGGACGGAGCUGUUCAAUGGGAGGGCCUGAGAAGAUAA